CGCGAUAACUGCGCAGACGCAGCCAUCGCUUCCUUUUCCGAGUCGCCGCCACGAUGGCCGAAGUGGAGCAGAAGAAGAAGCGGACCUUCCGCAAGUUCACCUACCGCGGCGUGGACCUGGACCAGCUGCUGGACAUGUCCUAUGAGCAGCUGAUGCAGCUCUACAGCGCCAGGCAGAGGCGACGCCUCAACCGCGGCCUGCGGCGGAAGCAGCACUCGCUGCUCAAGCGCCUGAGAAAGGCCAAGAAGGAGGCGCCGCCUAUGGAGAAGCCCGAGGUGGUGAAGACCCACCUGCGGGACAUGAUCAUCCUGCCCGAGAUGGUGGGGAGCAUGGUGGGCGUGUACAACGGCAAGACCUUCAACCAGGUGGAGAUCAAGCCGGAGAUGAUUGGCCACUACCUGGGCGAGUUCUCCAUCACCUACAAGCCUGUGAAGCACGGCCGGCCUGGCAUCGGUGCCACCCACUCCUCACGCUUCAUCCCCCUCAAGUAGCUGUGGCCAAUAAAAACUCAUCUUCAGUC